CUGGCGCUUCAGCGACUGCCGCGGCGUAUGGAAGUGUAGCGCUUCCGAAAGUCGCACAUUGCUUAGCGGUAAUCGCGUGCGGCGCGAGCUCCCAUUCGGCGUGCUGGCAUUGACAAUUUGUGUUUUCGUUUCCCGCUGACUCUAUUUCCAGUCGCCAGGCGUCGCAUGGGCAGGCAUGAGUCCCAUGGAUGCGUUCUGCGGCUCUCGGUUUUGGGACUACAACCAGACAUGGAACACGACAGACCCCGACCUGAGCAUCUGCGUCCAGGACACGGUGCUGGUGUGGGUGCCAUGCGGGUUCCUCUGGCUCACAGCUCCCGUCGAGACGUUCCUGUUGCUCAAGAGCAGCAAUCGGCUUAUCCCAUGGACCGCGCUCAACCUGGCUAAGCUAACCAUAACCUUCAUGCUGUUUGUGAUAUCGCUGGUCGAGUUCAGCUAUGCCGGCCACGCAGCCCUCUCGGAAGGCAUCGCCCUGCCGUCCGUCUACUUCUACACGCCUUUCAUCAAGCUGGCGACAUUCUUGCUGGCUGGCCUGCUUCUCCUUGCGGGCCGGAAGCGAGGCUAUCAGAGCUCCGUGGUGCUCUUUUUAUUUUGGUUCCUGCUCAUGUUCUUCGGUGUAGUGGCGUACCGGUCACACAUCAAGCGUGCCUUAGCACCGCCCGACGAAGAUGCACCAGACUAUGCCAAAGACGAGAGGCCAGGAGAGCCACUAUAUUUCGGGGCCUACAUGGCCUACUACCCGCUGGUGAUAAUUCAGUUCCUGCUAAACUGCUUUGCUGACUCCAAGCCCAUCUACAGGCAGCACGUGCUGCCACCCGAGGAGAAGGAGAGCCCGGAGGCCGCUGCCUCGUUCCUCUCCCAGCUCCUCUUCUCCUGGUUUGACCCGCUGGCCUACAGGGGCUGGCGGCGACCCCUCGAGACCUCUGACCUGUGGGCGCUCAACUUCAAGGACCGCACCGACCAAGUGGUGCCGGAUUUUGACCGCCACUGGCUUAAGCAGGUUGCAGCCGCACAGUUUCAAAGGGACAGGAACACAGCCGCUGGAGCACCAGCAGGGGGCGAUGUAGCGGCCAGUUUCCACCACAACAACGCCAACCACGACGGCGGCGAGGUGAAGUUCUCGGACCCAAACUCUCGGAAGAAGACCGGCAGCUCGGCCUCAUUGCCACCGGGCGGCGAGCGGCGCAUUAAGCUCAGCAUUGUCAAGGCUCUGAUUCAGACGUUUGGUCCGAGCUUCUUUCUCGGAAGCAUCCUCAAGUUGGUCCACGACACAUUGCAGUUCGUAUCGCCCCAACUGCUUCGAGCGAUGAUUGGCUUUGUGGGCUCAGGCGAGCCAGCAUGGAAAGGGGUGUUCUACGCAGUGCUCAUAUUCGCCACGGCAUCGCUCCAGUCACUGAUGUUGUCGCGGUACUUCCACCGUAUGUACAUCGUCGGCAUGCACAUCCGCACCUGCCUCAUCUCGGCCAUCUACCGCAAGAGCCUGGUGCUGUCCAAUGCGGCCAAGAAGGAGUCGACGACGGGCGAGAUCGUGAACCUCAUGUCGAACGACGCCCAGCGCUUCAUGGAGCUCAUGGUGUUCCUCAACAUGCUGUGGUCAGCACCCUACCAGAUUGCGCUGGCGCUCUACUUCCUCUGGCAGCUGCUGGGAGUCGCCGUGCUUUCAGGUGUCGGCAUCAUGGUGCUCAUGGUGCCCAUCAACGGAUUCCUGGCUGCCUACUCCAAGAAACUCCAGACGCGCCAGAUGAAACACAAGGACGAGCGCAUCAAGCUGAUGAACGAGAUUCUGGGUGGCAUGAAGGUUCUCAAGCUGUACGCCUGGGAGUCCUCGUUCCAAGAUCAGGUGCAGCACAUCCGGGAGCGCGAGGUGCGCAACCUGCGCCGCAUGGCUUACCUGUCAGGCGUCAUGUCCUUCCUCUGGACCUGCGCCCCUUUCCUGGUGUCGCUGAUGUCGUUCAUGACAUACGUGCUCAUCAGCGACAAAAACGUGCUGGAUCCACAGCGGGCGUUCGUGUCGCUCACGCUGUUCCACAUUCUCCGUUUCCCGCUGUCCAUGCUGCCGAUGUUAAUAUCCAUGCUCGUACAGGCAAGCGUGUCAGUGAAACGGAUGAACAAAUACUUGGGACACGAGGAGCUUGAGGAAUAUGUCUCCCACGAAAAGGACGAUGCAUCCAUUCCGAUUCGAGUGCGCAAUGGCUCGUUUGCAUGGACCAAGGACGAGGAGCCUGUGUUACGGGACCUGGAAGUCCAGGUUCCCAAGGGCGCACUGGUUGCCAUCGUAGGGCAGGUAGGGUCGGGCAAGUCGUCCUUGCUUUCGGCUCUGCUUGGCGACAUGGAACGCAUCGAAGGCUCUGUGAACGUCCAGGGCUCGGUUGCAUACGUGGCUCAGCAGGCAUGGAUCCAGAACGCCACAGUACGUGACAACAUCAUCUUCCAGCGGAAGAUGGAGCGUGACCGUUACAAGCGCACUCUCGAACAGUGCGCCCUGCAGUCGGACCUCAACAUCCUGCCAGGUGGAGACCUCACCGAAAUUGGCGAGAAGGGCAUCAACCUGAGUGGUGGCCAAAAGCAACGCAUCAGCCUGGCUCGUGCCGUGUACAACGACGCCGACAUCUACCUGCUGGAUGACCCGCUGAGCGCCGUCGACUCGCACGUGGGCAAGCACAUCUUCGACCAGGUCAUUGGCCCCAAGGGCGUGCUCAAAGACAAGACGCGCCUGCUGGUGACGCACGGCAUCUCGUAUUUGCCGCAAGUGGACCGGGUGAUCGUGCUACGGGACGGCCGCGUCGAGGAGCAGGGCACCUACCAGGAGCUCUUGGAGCGCAAGGGGGCCCUGGCAGAGCUCCUGCUGCACUUUCUCCGGGAGGAGAGCCAGGAGGACAAGCUCUUCAACGAAGACCCGAACAUUGUUGAGGACCUCUUGCUGCACGUUGCCUCUCCGGAGAUCACCAGGCAGCUGUCGGAGCACAAGUCGACGUCGGACUUGUCGGAGGCAGAGCGCAAGGAGUUCCUGCGGAGCCUGUCCCGCCAACUGUCUGAGACGCAGAGCCAAGGCUCCAACGGACCUAGCUCGGUCCCGCAGGCUGCGGUGCCGGGCGUCGGCCCUCGCCGCUCGAGCGCCGGCACCGAAUCGAUGUCGGGCCGCUCACUCUCACGCUCGCAGUCAACCUUGCGCGCCGGGCAGGGGGAGAAAUCUGCCUCUGUGGAAGAGGCCGGCACGAAACUGGUUCAGGCGGAAGCGGCCGAGACUGGCAGGGUGAAGUGGCGGGUGUACUUCGCCUACUUCGGCGCCAUCGGCGUGGCCUGGAUGGUGCCAAUCGUAUUGAUGAACGUGGGCUCGCAAGCCUUCUCCAUCGGCUCCAACCUGUGGCUCACCGCGUGGAGCAACGACCCUCCAAUGCCUGACGGAUCGCAGGACCUCGACAAGCGAGACCUGCGCCUCGGCAUCUACGGUGCACUCGGCCUGGCACAGGGUGUGACGAUCCUCCUUGGCUCUCUGGCGCUGUCACUGGGCAGCCUGAAGGGCGCCAUGCUCCUGCACAAUGGCCUGCUGCACAACAUCCUGAGGUCGCCCAUGUCCUUCUUCGAUACCACUCCGCUAGGACGCAUCGUUAACCGCUUCUCCAAGGAUGUUGACACGAUGGACCUAGCGAUCCCGAUGACAGUGCGGUCAUGGCUCAUGUGCUUCCUGCAAGUGGUCUCCACGCUGAUCAUCAUCACUAUGACGACGCCCAUCUUCUUGGCUGUCGCGGUUCCCGUGUUUGUUCUCUACUACCUCAUACAGGCAUUCUACGUGGCCACGUCCCGGCAGCUGAAGCGGCUCGAGUCGGUGACGCGGUCGCCCAUCUACACGCACUUCUCGGAGACCCUGUCGGGCGUGAGCACGAUCCGCGCCUACGGUGCCCAGGAGCGCUUUGUGCACGAGUCCAACCAGCGCGUCGACCACAACCAGAUGUGCUACUACCCAUCCACCAUCUCCAACAGGUGGCUGGCUGUGCGUCUCGAGUUCUGUGGCAACCUGAUUGUCCUUUUCGCGGCCCUGUUCGCCGUCUUCGGCAGCGAUCACCUGGACGGAGGAGCCGUCGGUCUGUCGCUCUCCUAUGCGCUUUCGAUUACGGCCACCAUGAACUGGAUGGUGCGCAUGAGCUGCGAAUUCGAGACCAACAUCGUGGCCGUCGAGCGGAUCAUGGAGUACACCCGGUCGCCCACUGAGGCGGCAUGGGAAGUUCCGGAUCACAAGCCUGCUGCUGAGUGGCCCAAGGAUGGUGAAGUUCAGUUCCAGGACUAUGCAACACGCUACCGUGAGGGCCUGGACCUCAUCAUCAAAGACAUCACAGUCUCUGUUGCUCCUGGCGAAAAGGUUGGCAUCGUGGGCCGGACCGGCGCAGGCAAGAGUUCGCUGAUGCUGUCCCUCUUCCGCAUCAUCGAGCCUGCCCAGGGCACCAUCCUGAUCGACGGCGUCGACGUCACCAAGAUCGGCCUGCACGACCUCCGCUCCAAGCUGACCAUCAUACCACAGGAUCCGGUGUUGUUCUCCGGCACGGUGCGCACCAACCUGGACCCGUUCAAGUCCAAGAGCGACGAGGACAUCUGGGCAGCCCUGGAGCUCUCGCACCUGAAGAACUUCGUCUCGGGUCUCGACCGGGGACUUGAACACGAGGUGCAGGAGGGCGGCGAGAACCUCAGUGUGGGCCAGCGUCAGUUGCUGUGCCUGGCACGAGCGCUGCUGCGAAAGUCCAAGGUGCUCGUGCUGGACGAGGCGACGGCCGCCGUAGACAUGGAGACGGACUCGCUCAUCCAGCAGACGAUCCGACGCGAGUUUGCCGGCUCCACCAUCCUCACCAUUGCGCACCGGCUCAACACCAUCAUGGACUACGACAGAAUCCUGGUGCUGGAGCAAGGUCGGGUGGCCGAGUUCGACACGCCGGCGAAUCUGCUGUCCGCCGAGAACUCCAUCUUUUAUGGCAUGGCCAAGGACGCGGGGCUGGCCUGACCGACGAUACACAAUUAGCCUAUGUUAUAAUUAAUAUUGUUAUUACAAUGAUGCACAUCGUUCACCACCACCCUCCUUAGGACCCUACCUCCUUCUUUCCACAGUCACGGCACAGCCUUUCCCUUUUUCCUCGUCUCACCGACCAUACUGUCGGCACUUGAAGCGUGCCUUAGAUGGCAGCGGCUACCUCAUAACGAAGCCACGCCAGUUUACCUUAUAAAUUUUUUUUAAACCUAAGUGCGAGCUCCUCUUAGCACGUCCACACGCGUUUUGCUUCGAAGCAGCUUAGUUUUUACGCCGCCGGCAAGCUUCAAGCUUUCUCGCCUCAGGAUUGCACUGAGUGAAAGUUUUCAGUUCGUCUUCUUUUAAUCCCCUACUCCUCUCCUCUGAAUUGCCGUGUCCUCAGGGUUUCAGCUAAAGCUGUGAAAAGGCGGGGUCCGUGCCAUUUUAGCACGUUGUAGCCCGCCCCGACGAGUUUAUGUAGUGUGUUCUGACCAGCGUCGCGGCCUGCGGAAGUGCCGAAAUGCAUCGCAAAUGCUUUCCCGUGCUAGGUUGGGGUAGCGUCUUAGGAAUCUCGGAGGGCAAGGGAAUAGGAGUAUGUGACAAUUUUUAACAAACACGUCGCUCGUGAGUAGCGGCCGAUUCGUACCAGUGCCCCAGAGCUUCGCCGCUUCUUGAAGUUCAGUUUCGAACACACCUUGGUUGAGCGACGGGGUUUUGAGAAUCUCGGAAGGAAUAUAGUACAUUUGUAAAGGCUUUUGUAGCGUACAUUUUCUUCUCGUGGAAUAAACGAAAACAAUUUCGUCAUUUAUGACAAAAAAAGUGAUGGUAUACACUGGUCUUGAAGGCGACGAAGCGUCACAUUCUCGACAUUCUUGGGAACUACGCCGCUCGUCUGCAUUGUGACAAUAUGUCGAUUUCCGCUAGUCUUCAUGCGUUCUCUUAAUUUGAUUGAGUGAUUGUGCGACAUUUGUACUUUAGGAUGGCCAUCAGGCAGUAUAUCGACAGCAGUUACUAGACAGUAGAUAUUAAUUUGGCUUCCUGCUAUGCUACAUCCGGGCUCAGAGAGCCAAUGUUUUGUCGCUAGUGCCUGAGGCGUUGCGUAGGCGCUGUUCGAUUCCUUGUCCGUAACGUUGUAAUAGACAUGUAUGGGCACAGCGUACGUUCGGUGCAUUAAAUGGCAAAUAACUAAAAAACCUUAAUUCAAUUUACAAAGGAGUGCUAAAGGCACUGCUUAUGAGGGCCAUCUAUUAGUGUCGAUUUUGAGUUUGCCAUAAAAGUUUUCUGUAUUUGUACGUGAUCUAUUGAAUGACCUAUUAUUGGCAUUUCACAAGUCUUCAUCUAUGCUUCUCUGGCCUAAUCUGACUUAAGUUCUCGUUAGUCGCAAGGUCUGGCUCAAGAGAUCUACACAGUGUGGAAUCUUCCUUGCAAGCACCACCUAUCGUACUUGGCUAGAACCCACCGGGAAAGUGUGUUGAUGUUGAGCUGGUGUUGGAAGUUGCUGCAUAAUACUGCCUCACAGUGUUGGGACUGCACCUUUGUGGCCAGCAUGAUUUGAUUGGGUGUAUUAAUAUUUUACAAGCUGCUAGAAAGACCAUGCAGGGUUAUUAGGUGCCGAGAGUCUUGUGCCAUUAUUUGUUCAUUUUGAAAAGCUAGGAGUAGGUGGGGUGCGAGGGGGGGGCGGAUGUCAUUAGAAAGUUUUACUACAGCGUACGUUGUUCACAGUGUUUCACGCAUAAGAAUGCUGCGUUUUGUGUACUGCGCAAGAGCAGAAGUUCUGCGCACGCUUUCUUUGCAAAAUGUGAAGUUAUGUAUGCUGCUACAGAUGCUGCGUAUCCAGUAAUGAAACUUUCUGUUGACAUGACAGAAGGUAGCAUUGUUAUCAGUCAUUUGAAGGCCUGCUAUUGCACCUUGUUCAGUAUCUGCUUGGGCAUUAACUCGGUCAUCAUACAUCGUUGGGACUUUGUAAACUCUAAAAGUGAGAAACAUUUCUUUGUCCUGAUGUGGUGGUAUAAGUAUACAUUUUGCAAUGAGGAUUUGAAAGUAUGUUGCGUUAGCUUCCUGUGCUACCUUUCUUUCACUAAAUGUCCCAACUCCUUAAUAAUUUAUGGUGUCACAGAUGUUUGAAGGGGCGUCUGCGUUAUCAACUGCCAUUCAUUGAGCCAUUUAUUGUAUCUAUUCGUUUUUCUUUUCUUUUCAAUCCUUAACAUACUACCCCACGCGAACAAACAGAAGUCAUAAACUUGUUUGAUAGUAGCUGCUGCAUGUUUUCAUUUUCAACAUUACAUCAUUGCACUAUUCACUUUAUGCAGCUGUAUGUGUGUUCACUACUGUUGGUAUUUGAAUAGGCUGAGAAAUGUUUCACUCUGCACUUCCACAAACUGUCUGUGCACGUGCUUGUCUUUCUUCUUUUUUAAGCUGUUUUGCAAUGUCAGCUAUUGAAAAAAUUUUGAUGUCUGUCUUAAGAGAAGUUUAUAUCGUCACGCGUUUGUGACAACACAGUUUUUGUAGGUUUUUGUGAGUGGUAACAGUUUUUGUGGGUUGAACCCGAUCACAUAAAUAUAGGGAAAUAAGGGCACAUGGCAAUAUGGUAUACUGCUGCUACUGUUCUCUAAUGAGUGGGUUAUUUUUUUAUUAUGGUUUGGGGGCUCUUAUCAGCUUUUUACUAGUGAUUUAAAUACUUAUACGCAAAUCUCGUCAAAAUUUUUUUUUUGUUCAACUCAGGGCACUGCUUGCUUGAUUCACGAUUGCUGAAAUAUGUGGUUAGAAAGCCUGAACUUGUUUUGAAAUCCUGCUUUGGUGUUUUUGUUCAGAGGUUUCCCGCGAUUGUGAAUUUAUACCGAGUCAAAUACGUUGCCUUUGGCGGCUUCUUCAUCUACACUUAGCUCGUUCACCUAAUAAUACGCAUUGUAGCAAAGUAACUUUAUGCAUAAGACGUUCAAUCGUAUAACUUUCCAGUUCCCAGGAAGACUUGUGUACGAAAAAAAAUCCCUGAACAUCCAUUGCAGAUGAUGUCAUUUUUUGAACUAUAGGCACCUCUAGCAUUGUCAAAGAGAAGGGAAAAAUACGAAGCUAUUUGAAGGGUGUCAAGAAGUGCUUUCACACUCAAUGUGUAUUUCCAUGAGCAAUCAGAGUGUUUGCAGGUUGAAUAGUUUACACGAUCUGCGGAUCACAUGAGACGGAAGUAUAUUUGAUCGAAUCGGCCAGUGUCACUGGUGUAUUUCAAUAGGAGACCUAAAGGGACACUGAAGUUAAGGGUUGAAUAAUUUUAGAUGGAUAAUUUGUAGUCUGAGGGCUCACAUGCCGUUAAUUCUAUCAUCUUGUGUUUAUUAACAGAAGAGAAAAUGAAGCUCAAGAUUUCGUUUCAGAAUAUGACACCUAAGCCUCAGUGCAUUAUAUCACCCAUUUUAGUCUUUUUCUUUAUUUUGGUUGCGUUGGUUGUACGAAAUGUCCUGAAGCCUGGUAUGUUAAGCCUACGGUACCCUCAGGGAACAAUACACUUAACCUUUGCCAGUUCGGAACUAUUAGACUCCAUCUAAACUUUUGCCGUGAUGGCAUGUGUUGCUGGAACAUCAAGAUAGCAUUGCCACCCACUUUUGCUUUUCACGCAUAUUCUCAGUAACGAAAGGUCUUGCAGUAAGAGUGGUGUUCUCAGUAUUGCAAAAUAAUAAUUCACUGAUACACGAAAAAUCCCCCUUUAGUGUCCCUCAAGCCGAGCAAAAUUUUUGAGUGGGCGCGCCGAGUGCUGAAGACAAACCGUAACGAUGCUGGUCGCGCAACUUUCAAAUGCAGCUAUACAACACUGCGCGACGACUCAGUGUCUGUAUACAUCUUUGAAGGGACUUGUACUUGUGCAUAUGAGAAAUUUCUACCUUCCGGCCACCUGUAUUUUUUGUAUUCUAAACUGCCACUGAAGGAUCGUUUUUGCAAGCAGAACAAGGGUAUUGCGAAUGCAUCUUUCUUCUCUUUUUGCAAUCGCUCGGAUGUACAUGUAUAAAUAUUAUGAAAUAUUUAAUAACCAUUUUCUCGCGAGUACACGUGCUAGAUGAAAGUAGAGAGGGCUGCUUGUGACGGAGCCAGUGUGAUAUCUAUUUCGUGUACUUUGUACUAUAGGUAGUUUUUAGGAUGUUUGUACCUUAUUGUAGUAUUCAGGUCGCAGACCAGCAUGUUGCUGCUGUACGACGCGCCAUGUGUGGUGGAGGCACAAACGUCCCCUUCUGUCAUUUUUUUACGACACUUGAAAUAAAAUGACAUUUUUCAUGA